AUGCCACUGUCACCGAUGCCUUCUGCCCCAAAAGGGUCAGAGUCAACUGCCUCUGCCUAUGCUUCGGCGGCCCAGUCAUAUAACACCGUUGGUCCACGGCCUCCAUUUAACCCUCUACCUGCAUGUCCCAACCCAAUCAAAUGGGAUGUAGAAGGACGAAUUGCAGAGCUCCAGGCAAUAAUUGAUAGCCCAGAAACAAAGGAAGGCCAGAAAAUAAACCUUCAGGCUGCUAUCAAUCUAUACCAUGAGAAGAAGCUCCCUGCUAUCGCCGUCUAA